GCCUGGGUUCCCGCGGAGUCGCGGCUGUCGAAGGGCGGGGACUGGGGCGGAGCGCAGGAACGGCGGUCCCCAGUGGCUGGAGGCUAGGGCGGCCCUGAGGACGCGCGUGGGGCAGGUCACGCUUGGCCCGGCUGCCUCAGGAGCCACCCUGCCCGGCGCGGGGCGAGGCUGUGCGCGCCUUGCCGGACCCUCCGCUUCGGGUCUUUGCGGUGUAACGGCGCGUCCCACUCCUUCACGUGUUCAGUCCUGAAUCGGCCCCGGCAGCUCCAGGACGGCGGACUCGAGUACUCUCGGAUCCCCAGGCCCCUCCGCGCUCACCCCGGACCGCCCCGUCCCUGAAGAAAAACCGCCCGGUGCCCGGGACCGCGGCUUCUCCCAUGCGGGGCAGGCCGGGGUUGUGAGGGGCCAGCCGGCCUGCGGACUAGGCCGGGGGCGUGAGGAGGCAGGUCUGCCGGGGACAAGGCCGGGGGCGUGAGAGGCGGUUCUGCCGGGUCCGGGGCGCGCGGGGCAGGUUGCGCGAAGAGGCGGAAAGUUCCACUCGCCCUCGGCCUCUCCCUGCCCGGCCGCCGGUGUCCCGCCCGCCGCCGUCCCGCACAGCCUGGCCCGACCCGCGGCGAUGGCCCAGCCUGGGGACCCGCGGCGCCUCUACAGGCUGGUGCAGGAGGGCCGGCUGCGCGCCCUGCAGGAGGAGCUGCAGGCGGCGGGGGGCUGCCCGGGGCCAGCCGGGGAGACCCUCCUGCACUGCGCCGCGCGCCACGGGCAUCGGGACGUGCUAGCCUAUCUGGCCGAGGCCUGGGGCAUGGACAUCGAGGCCACCAAUCGAGACUACAAGAGGCCUCUGCACGAGGCGGCCUCCAUGGGCCACCGAGACUGCGUGCGCUACCUGCUGGGCCGGGGGGCAGCGGUCGACUGCCUGAAGAAGGCCGACUGGACUCCUCUGAUGAUGGCCUGCACAAGGAAGAACCUGGGGGUGAUCCAGGAGCUGGUGGAACAUGGCGCCAAUCCACUCCUGAAGAACAAAGAUGGCUGGAACAGUUUCCACAUUGCCAGUCGAGAAGGCGACCCUCUGAUCCUCCAGUACCUGCUCACUGUUUGCCCAGAUGCCUGGAAGACAGAGAGCAAAAUUAGAAGGACUCCUCUGCACACUGCAGCAAUGCAUGGCCAUUUAGAGGCAGUCAAGGUGCUUCUUAAGAGGUGCCAAUAUGAACCAGACUACAGAGACAACUGUGGCGUCACCCCCUUGAUGGAUGCAAUCCAGUGUGGUCACAUCGAUGUCGCUAGGCUGCUCCUUGAUGAACAUGGGGCUUGCCUUUCAGCAGAAGACAGCCUGGGUGCCCAUGCUCUGCACAGGGCAGCUGUCACAGGGCAGAACAAAGCCAUCCGAUUCUUGGUCUCUGAACUUGGCAUCGAUGUAGAUGUGAGAGCCACAUCAACCCACCUCACAGCACUUCAUUAUGCAGCUAAGCCCUGCAUCUGGCCUGUGCAGGUCAGCAUUUGGCCUGUGCCAAGUUUCUCCUACAGUCGGGACUAAAGGAUUCUGAAGACGUCACGGGCACACUGGCUCAGCAGCUCCCAAGGAGAGCAGAUGUCCUUCAGGGCUCUGGCCACAGCGCAAUGACAUAAGGAUGUUUCCAAGAGGAGGCAGUAAAGCGCAUGGUAAUUCAUACCCUGCUUCUUAAGUCAGUCACAGAUUCAGCGAAACGAGUUGGAAGCCAGUUUUCCAUCUCCUCCUCUUCCUCCCUUCCCUCCUCCUGCAUGUUCCCCUCCUGCUGAGGAGUUCCCAGUGAUCAGGGGGCUGAAUUCCCAGCUCCAUGACAGGCACAUUAUGGAGUCCUGGGCACAGUCAUAAUCUUCCCGUAGUCCAUAUUUCACUGUUUGUAUUCUUAAAGUAGAAUAGAUAAUGUUUGUGAGAUCAGAUUGUGGGAUCCUUAGAGAAGCACGCACCAUGCAUGAAUAUAAUGAAUAUAAUAUAGUAUGCACACUUUCACAAAUAUAUGAAAUAUAAUAACUGCUGCAUGGUAAGGCUAUGAUAAUAAUAACAAAAAUAUCACAUACAUUGCUAUUAACUUGAGCCAUAAAAUGUAGUUGACCUGUUUAAUUUCUUCCUUCAUAAGCUUUUACUUGGCCAUUACAAUGGUUCACUUUUGGUUUCGUAGCCAAGAAGGACAUACUUAUAAUCUGUUUGCACAGGCAUUUACAAGAAAUUAAUAAAGAUUUUUAUAUAUUCUAAA